GCAACUGAAAAGGUGGUUGAGGAGCCAUCGUUUGCUUGAUAAGUGCGAAUGAUAUGAAAGUGUUUGGACGAGGUAUAUGAUUGAGAACGUUUCACUGUUUUAUCACAGUCGUUGAAACGCGUUAGCACCGUAACAACGUACGCGGGUUUCGUUUAAUUAUCUUCUAAAUACAAAAAGAAUUUCACAAAACAAAAGUUAAAAGCAAAUACACUUAGAAAACUUAACGGAAAAAAAAACAACUAAACAGAAUAGUGUUUAAAUAAAUCAAAAAUAAACUUGAAUUUAAUUAAAGCAAUAAAAAAAAGAGAUAAAAACUUAUAUAUAAAUUAAGUAUUAUAAGAAAAUACAUGAAAUAAUUUACAAAGUGAAAAGUGUGUUACCAAAAUUUAAGUGUUUAAAUAAACAAUAUGUCUAGUGUGCAAGUAUCACAGCCGCCCACAUUGCAACAACUGCAACAGCAUCAGCAACAACAGCAGCAGCAACAACAGCAACAUCUUUCACAAUUUCUUAAUCAUAUAGCAGCCGCUCAACAGCAUCAUCACCAACAACAGCAGCAGCAACAACAGCAUCAUAAUCUAUCACCACCUCACAGUGAUUAUCAACAGGAUUCCAAUACACGCUCUACGAUCUCACCACGAUCACCACAAUCUCAAUUAAGUCCUACACGAUCACCUACAGGAUCACCACAUUCGAACAGCAACUCACCCAAGCCUUUACAAUCGACCCACACAGCAAGUGAAGAAGCUAAUACACAAGAAAUUAACAGCUCUACAACCUCACCCUUAGCCCCCACAUCCACAACAUUACCUCUGCUAGUGCAACCAGUCCCACUAGCCUCUAAUAUGCACAGUAUGUCCCAACUACCACCAGCCGUCGCUGCUGCUGCCAGUCUUAGAGAUCAACGCAUCUUUAGCUCUCCUCUAGUGGCUCAACAACAAAGACUCUACGACUCCCUACCGCCACCACCACCACCUGUAGGCCAUGGUGUCUAUCCUAUGCCUCGUUUACCUCUCAUGAUGACCUCACAAAAUCCCUCCAAUCCUCUUCAACAAUUGCCCCAACCUCUAACGCCCACAUCAACAUCACCGUCGGCAUCACGAUCACCGCCCAUCCAGCAGCACAGUCAGCCCAAGAAAUCAUUUUGCAUUGAUGCUUUGUUGGCGAAAAAUCAAAAUGGUUCAGAGUCUCAUUCGCCCGAAGCGAUCAGUGUGAAAGCGCCUCUCAUGGAUGAUCGUUUAACGUUGGGUUUGCAGUAUGCUCGCGAUAUGUCGGCGAUGGGAAUGUCCGAACAGGAAGCUUUGCAGCGGCUGCAUGAAUCACGUGAAUAUGAUUCGCCCAGUCCCGACGGCAUGUCAAGAUCGGAAUCUCCCACAUCAUCUCAUCGUUCUAGUCCUCCCAUCAGUCCUGGCUGUGAAGAUCAACAGCAUCUGGGCAUGCACAUGGAUUUGGGUGAUGAAUUCAAGAAACCUGUACCUCCUCAUAGUCCUAUUCGGCCACAAGAUUUUCCUUUAUAUGCCGGCGGCCAUCCUUACCAACUGUUAGCUCAGGGUGGUUCGGCAUUUCAUCGUCCCUUGGAUCCAUCGGGAAAACCUAUACCGGUAACUUAUGAAAAUUCUCCACUCUAUCUUCAGAUUCCCAUGGGUCAACACUUUAUGCCUUCACACUUGCAAUUCGAAUUUCUCGCUCGUGCCGGUAUGUUACACCAUCGUAUACCCGAACUCGCCGCCUAUCCACAUCAUGCCAUCCUGGGUAAAACUCGGCGACCUCGUACAGCCUUCACGUCACAGCAGCUGCUGGAAUUGGAAAAGCAAUUUAAACAAAACAAAUAUCUAUCCCGCCCCAAACGUUUCGAAGUGGCCAGCGGUCUAAUGCUGUCGGAGACACAAGUGAAAAUUUGGUUUCAAAAUCGUCGCAUGAAAUGGAAACGCUCGAAGAAGGCCCAACAGGAGGCUAAAGAGAGAAUAAAGCAGCAACAACAGUCACAACAGCAGAAUUCAGCGCCUUCCACAGUCAGUUAGUUUUUGCCCAAGGAAAGCAGGGGUUUCUAUUAGUGGCACACCCUUUAACAACAACAUUACUACAACAACUACUACGAAAAGAACAAUAGCAGCAGCAACUAACAAUACCACUACCACGGGAACUUGCAACUGAAAGUGGAGUUAAUUUGAAAGAUGUGAAAGAGUUAGAGACAAAAAGAGAGUCAGUGAGUGAUUAUUGCACUCCAACUCCAACAAUUUACCACACACAGUAUUAACGAAACAAACUGAUGAAGAAAAUGUUGAUGACAAUGAUGAUGACUGAAUGAGGCUGUUAAUUAAGAAUGCUAGUCAGUUGGCUAAUCAAACUGUUAGUUUUUGGCCAACACCAAUAGCCAACACAAUGAAUGUUAGUGUGUAUUGGUGCUAAGUUGCACAAACAGCAGGCAACAUGCAGCAUACUAAAAUUGUAUUGUAUCCGUCCUGUUGCAGUGAAUGAAUGAAUGAAUAAAUGUUUAAAUCCAAGAGAGUCUAUUGCUACAAAAUUUAUUUAUUUAUUUAAUUUUAUAUUUGUUUUUAUUGUUUGUCCUACAAAUGCUGUAUUGUUUUGUCGAAACAGUGACAUCAACUGCUAAAAAUAAUCGAUAUACAAUUUGGAAAUGUUACCAUAAAAUAUUGUUUAUUUUGUAAUUAGCAUAAUGAUAAUCAGGCUGCUGGUUUUUUUUUGAUGAUAAUGAUCAUCUAUUAAAUUAUUUAUUAAUUUAAUGUUAAAUCGCUUGAUGUGAUAAAGAAAAUAUUGUUUCAAAAAAAAUUAAAAUAAAACCUUUAAAAAUAAUUUAAACUCACCAUGUAUUUAUUGUAAAUAUUUAAUGUAAAAAUAAUUUAAGUAAUAAUUCUUGUAUUAUAUGAGCAUAUGUAAGUAUAGGAACAAUUUAUUGAAUUUUGAAUAGAAAACUUGAAUAAAAUAAUAAUUUUAUUAAAAAAAAAAAAUAAAUAAA